CAUUACAUAACAACUCUCCCUGUGAGACCAUGAGUGAAUGGUUAAGCAGCCUCGUUUUCAUCCCUGUGACUGAUUUAGUAACCAUUGAAAGUACAAAAUGGGAAAAGCUCGGCAGUUCUAAGAGUGAUACUGACAGACAAAAAAAAAAAACUGAUUAGGACCUAGAGAUAAAAAUAGGGAGAUUACAUGGGGAAACAGAGAGAGAGAAAGACAAACAGAGAGAAAGAGAGAGGCUUCUAAGGGUGAAAAACCAGAGCGCAUUUCCACAAGUGUGUGCAUCAACGGGUGAUCUCAACAUGAUUCUGCAGGCAGUACUGGACUUUUUUGAUGUGAAGGGCUGUUUGGUGUUUAUCUUUGUGUUUCUCUUGGUGAUGGACAUCAUCAGGAACAGACCUCCACCUAACUUCCCUCCUGGACCCUGGUCUCUUCCUUUCCUGGGAAAUAUUUUUACAAAGCUUGAUUUCAAGUCCAUGGACAAGAUGGCUGAGGACUAUGGUCCAGUGUACAGCCUGCGUCGAGGCAAUGAGAGGAUCGUUUUCAUCUCAGGUUAUAAGAUGGUGAAGGAAGCUCUGGUCCAUCAACUGAACAGUUUUGCUGACCGGCCGAUCAACCCUCUGUUUCACGUCAUCUUCAAAGGCAUUGGUAUUGUUCUAAGCAACGGUUACAUGUGGAAGAACCAGAGGAAAUUUGCCAACACCCACCUGCGCAGCUUUGGAGAGGGGAAGAAGGGACUGGAGCACUACAUCCAGCUGGAGAGCAACUUCCUGUGUGAGGCCUUCAGGGAGGAGCAGGGAAGAGGAUUCAACCCCCAUUUCAUCUUGAACAAUGCAGUCGGGAACAUUAUCUCCUCUGUGGUGUUCGGCCAUCGCUUUGAGUACAGUGAUGAAAACUUCCAGAAGGUCCUACGCUUGGAUAACGAGGCUGUGAUACUAUCCGGCUCUGCUCUGGCCCAGCUCUAUGAUGUCUUCCCAGGCAUUCUGAAGUACCUGCCUGGUCCCCAUCAAACCAUUCACUCCAACUAUUAUCAGAUCAUAGACAUCCUGCAGGUGGAGAUAGAUAAGCACAAGGAGGACUGGGAUCCAGAGAAUCCCAGGGACUACGUAGACAUGUACCUCACAGAGAUUAACAAGAUGAAGGAGGACCCGAAAGCUGGCUUCAACACAGAGUCCCUGAUAAUAUGUACCCUGGAACUGCUAGAGGCUGGGACGGAGUCUGUUGCCACCACCUUACGCUGGGCUUUGGUCUACAUGAUGAUCUACCCUGAAAUACAAGAGAAGGUACAGGCUGAGAUAGACAGAGUAAUAGGACAAUCCCGCCAGCCCAACAUGUCUGACAGGCCUAACAUGCCCUACACUGACGCUGUCAUCCAUGAGAUCCAGAGGAUCGGAAACAUUGUGCCACUGGGUUUCCCUAAGAUGUCCAGCAAAGACACAACACUGGGGGGAUAUUUCAUACCCAAGGGGACAACCAUCACCACCAACUUGUCUUCUGUGCUGUUUGACAACAACGAGUGGGAAUCACCAAACACCUUUAACCCAGACCACUUCCUUGAUUCUGAUGGACAGUUCCGUAAAAGAGAAGCCUUCCUGCCUUUCUCAGCAGGUAAGCGUGUGUGCUUGGGGGAGAAUCUUGCCCGUAUGGAGCUGUUCCUAUUCUUCACCACCCUUGUCCAGCGUUUCUCCUUCUCUCCGGUCCCUGGAGCCUUGCCCAGUCUGAAGGGGGUCCUGGGGUUCACUCACUCCCCAGAAAACUUCCUGGUCCGAGCCCUGCCGCAGUGAACAAUUUCUCAAACUGUUCCAAACAUAGAGCACCGCAUGGAGGCUGCAAGACAUGUCUGGUGGAGAGCAACAGGAACAUUCUGUUAGUGUUCAUUAGAGUCAUUGGACAGAGGCAUGUCAACUAAGUGAUGUCAUUACCAAAAGAUACAUUUUUUGUGUGUAUUUUUCUGUAUAUUUUUAUCAAUAAACUGCAAUUUACAGAACACUCAGUACUGUACAAUAAUAAAUAUACCAAUGAUAUUCUUAAAUUACAAAUACAGUAUACCAGGGCAAUUAUAACUUCUCUAAAUGUCCUGUAAAUACAGUGGUUUUGUAAAAAUUAAUUAUUGAGUUUCCUUUUUAUACUCUUCCCACUGUGUACAAUAAAACUACUGUGCACUUUGUGUUCAUUAAAUAUACAAAAGGUGAAUGGUUAAUAGUUCAUGUAUAAGCAGUGACCUGUCAUUAAUUAAGGCCAGUAAGGUAUUGAGGCUAUCACAAUUCACUGUAGAACAGAACAGAAGAGAUUAAAAGGGUUGCCAUAAAGGAUAAACCUGCAGUACAAGGAAUGCCAAGAGGAAAAAGGGGUGGUAGUUUACGUUAGAUCCAGUACAUGUAUGCACAUUUUAAUAUUUUAGAAACCAGGUGACUUAAAAGAAGAU